GCAGCACUCUUUCGCGAUCCUGAAACGUCGGGAAAGAAAGAAUGCGGAAGAAUUGUCAGCACACCUUUUUGCCCACAGAACUGCAGAUUUUUCCGAUAGCAUCAGUUAUCUGAUUGUUUCAUACUGGUCGCAGGAACUCGUGCGUAUAUGGGAACUUUCGUGGCUUUUUGCCCCUUUUUACUUAUCGGAGGGUAGCGCUUCCUAAUCUCGUAUAAAAACCAAAACGAAUGCGAGUGGUGGUACCACUUACGGUUGCUGGCGCUACUUCCACUACUCCUCGUACUACAACUACUACGUGACCUACUACUACUUCUGAUUCCUGCGUGUAUAAUCUGUUACUUCGGGAAAAGGAAGAGCAGGGAAAUACAUCCCUAUCGCCAUCAUGCGACAAUCAAGGAUUCCGGCGUUCUUGUCUUUUAGCCUACAGCUUGGCAUUGUGCUGGCAGUCCUGUUCCUCAAAGUUCAGACUGUCACCGCUGCCAGCUUGGACCACAGUGUGGAUAAAGAUAGCUCCCCCAUUGCAAACAUCACAAAGAAAUGCACUGGAUCUUAUCAUUGCUCGAAGGGUGUGAUCCUUCCGGCGUGGGAGCCCCAGAACCCGUCGUUCGGCGAUAAGGUGGCAAGGGCCACGGUCUAUUUUGUGGCCUUGGUUUACAUGUUCCUUGGGGUUUCCAUCAUCGCAGAUCGCUUCAUGGCCUCCAUCGAGGUCAUCACGUCGCAGGAGAAGGAGAUCACCAUCAAGAAGGCCAACGGCGAGACCACCACCACCACAGUGCGGAUAUGGAAUGAGACGGUGUCCAACCUGACCCUGAUGGCCCUCGGGUCCUCGGCGCCAGAGAUCCUGCUGUCAGUCAUCGAGGUCUGCGGCCACGACUUCCACGCCGGAGAACUGGGGCCGAGCACCAUCGUGGGCAGCGCGGCCUUCAACAUGUUCGUCAUCAUCGGCAUCUGCGUCUACGUGGUGCCGGAUGGGGAGCACCGCAAGGUCAAGCAUCUCAGGGUGUUCUUCGUCACCGCCACUUGGAGCAUAUUCGCCUACAUCUGGCUUUACUUGAUCUUGGCAGUCAUCUCCCCCGGGGUGGUCCAGGUGUGGGAGGGCCUGCUCACUCUGUUCUUCUUCCCCAUCUGCGUGCUGUUCGCCUGGGUGGCCGACCGCCGCCUUCUCUUCUACAAGUAUGUGUACAAGCGCUACAGGACCGGCAAGCAGCGCGGGAUGAUCAUCGAAACCGAGGGCGACCGCCCGCUCCCGUCCAAGGUGGACAUCGAGAUGGAUGGCAAGAUGCUCAACUCCCACGCCGUGGACUUCCUGGAUGGAACCUUGACCCUGGACCUGGACGACAAGGACCUGGACGAAGAGGAAACCAGGAGGGACAUGGCGAAGAUCCUGAAGGAGCUGAAGCAGAAGCACCCGGAUAAAGAGGUUGAGCAGUUGAUCGAGCUGGCGAAUUACCAGGUCCUGAGCCAGCAGCAGAAGAGCAGAGCGUUCUACCGCUGCCAGGCAACCAGACUGAUGACAGGGGCAGGGAACAUCCUGAAGAAGCACGCGGCCGACCAGGCCAGGAAGGCCGUCAGCAUGCACGAGGUGCGUCCCGACAUCGCCGAGAACGACCCGGUCACCAAGGUGUUCUUCGACCCCGGCUCGUACCAGUGCCUGGAGAACUGCGGCACGGUGGCGGUGAACGUGAUGCGACGCGGCGGCGACCUCACCCACACGGUCUCCGUGGAGUUCCGCACCGAGGACGGCACGGCCAACGCCGGCUCCGACUACGAGUUCACCGAGGGGACGGUGGUCUUCAAGCCCGGCGAGACGCAGAAGGAGAUCCGGGUGGGCAUCAUCGACGACGACAUCUUCGAGGAGGACGAGAACUUCCUCAUCCACCUCAGCAACGUGAAGGUGCUCACCGAGGGCGCGGACGAGGACAACCCGGAGGCCAAUCACGUGGAGACCCUGGCCUGCUUGGGCCUGCCCUCCACCGCCACCGUCACCAUCUUCGACGACGACCACGCCGGCAUCUUUACCUUCGAGGAGCCGGUGACACACGUCAGCGAGAGCGUUGGCGCUAUGGAAGUCAAGGUCCUGCGUACGUCUGGGGCUCGUGGCGUGGUUGUUGUCCCCUACAAGACCAUCGAAGGCACGGCGAGAGGAGGGGGAGAGGACUUUGAAGAUUCCCACGGAGUGCUGGAGUUCCAGAACGACGAGAUAUUCAAAACUAUAAAGGUCAAAGUAAUUGAUGACGAGGAGUAUGAGAAAAACAAGACGUUCUACCUCGAGAUCGGAGAGCCGCGCCUGGUGGACAUGAGUGAGAGUAAAGAGGACGUGGAGGGUGAGGAAGAGGAGCCCCUGACAGGGAAGGAUGAGGAAGAGCGGCGGAUCGCGGAGAUGGGCCGACCAAUGCUGGGAGACCACGUCAAGCUGGAAGUGAUCAUCGAGGAGUCCUACGAGUUCAAGAACACAGUGGAUAAACUGAUUAAGAAGACCAACCUGGCCCUGUUGGUGGGGACGAACAGCUGGAGGGACCAGUUCAUCGAGGCCAUCACAGUCAGCGCCGGUGAGGACGACGAAGACGAGGAGUGCGGGGAGGAGAAGCUGCCCUCCUGCUUCGACUACGUCAUGCACUUCCUGACGGUGUUCUGGAAGGUUCUGUUCGCCUUCGUGCCGCCCACCGAGUACUGGAACGGCUGGGCCUGCUUCGUGGUGUCCAUCUGCAUGAUUGGGCUGCUCACCGCCUUCAUCGGCGACCUGGCCUCCCAUUUCGGCUGCACCAUCGGCCUGAAGGACUCAGUCACCGCCGUGGUGUUCGUGGCCCUCGGCACCUCCGUACCAGACACGUUUGCCAGCAAGGUGGCGGCCAUCCAGGACCAGUACGCAGAUGCCUCCAUCGGCAAUGUGACGGGCAGCAACGCCGUCAACGUGUUCCUGGGCAUCGGCGUGGCCUGGUCCAUCGCCGCCAUCUACCACCAAGCCCACAACCGCCCAUUCAGGGUCUCCCCCGGCAACCUGGCCUUCUCCGUCACCCUCUUCACCAUCUUCGCCUUCAUCUGCGUGGGGGUGCUGAUGUACCGGCGGAGGCCCGAGAUCGGAGGGGAGCUGGGGGGCCCGCGGACUUCCAAGGCCAUCACCACCAUGCUCUUCUUCAGCCUAUGGCUGCUGUACAUUCUCUUCACGUCCCUGGAGGCCUACUGCCACGUCAAGGGCUUCUGAGCGAACUUCUGAGCCCCCGCAGAGCCGGGAGAGGACGGAGUGAAAUAACCAAUAACCCAGUCGAGAAGAAAACGGAAGUAGCAGCAGCAUAGCUUUUUUUAACCGUCGUGUUUCUGCCCCCGAUACACAUGCACACACAUGCGCACACACACAUUCUCCCACAUACGCACACGAAAAUGCGCACACACACCACACACACCACACACACACGUCCGCACACAAGCAAAUGUGCAUACUCACACACAAACACACACACAUGCAUGCACGCACACACAUUCUCCAACUAACCUAGGAGAUUCAUGCACUGAAGAGAAUAAACGUCCUAACUAUGAACACAAAUGAAAGAGUAUCGUAUCUAUUGUAGAUUAGGUAAAAUACCCGCAACAGUGGAUCAAAUGACACAGAAAUAGACAUUUCUUUAAAGGUUUAGUCAGUGCCAUGUCUUUCAAAAGGUGGGUUUGGCAAAUAGGUGAGUCAGUGCCAUUUCUGUAAAAAGGAGGGUGUUGAUUCUCUAGAGCUAUAAUUCCAUGGAAACUGUGAAGUUUCUUAAAAGUUCAUACAGUAUUUGUAGAACGAAAAAAUGUGUUCGAAUGGUAGCUUGAGUCCCUGCCCAAUUUAAUGUAUGCAUACUAUAGAAUUCAAGAUUUAUUUGAAUACAGAAGAGGACGGUAAGCAUUACUUACAGUAUAUAUAGAUUUGUCACUUUAAGGUUACGUUUUUGUCUGAUGCUUUUGCUUUGUGCAUUAAAUGGACUAAACUUAAUCAGGGUCAAUGGUUGCUGCUAAGUACCCUUACAUUUACCAUCACAGUUCAUUUUAACGGUUAACCCAUAUUAUACCACAGACAUUAACCCCAUUAGCCACAUAUCCUUUACUACGUUUUUACCAGUUUGCUUUUAAUCCUGUCUUUUUAAGUCGAAUAUGAGGAUUCUGCAUCAAUAACCAUAUCUGACCAGAUCUUCCAUUCUUAUAUAAUGUUCGGCUCUCCCCGGAAGUGAAAUCGUUUGGUUCUGGUUCACUAUCAGAUGUAAAAAAUGACCGUGCCAAGGAAAUAACAUAAUUACUGAUUUUAAUUCAUUUUAUUUCAACUCAUUACAUUACUCACCUCAUAGACCUAAAUGAUGCCAUUACUCCAUAAUGGGUCUGAGGAAUUGAGUGUUCUGGCAGAUUCCAUUCUGCUUGUUGGCCACCAUUUUAGUGUUCUGCAUUAUGAGUGGGACCCUUUUUUUUCAUUGAGAAUUCACUACUUCCACUGUUCAUCUUAAAUGAAUGUCUUAGACCAGCAUUGCUGUAGAAAUAUAGAAUAUGCCAUGCUCUGUACUCAUUUUGUUGUAUGUAAUAUGGAAACACAAAAUCUGCUGCAAUUUCCCUUAGUCAUUCUACUGGUUGCCUGUCCAAUAUCCAAUUGCCCAUCAUAUUAAAAAGCCAUGAAAGCCCAAUGCCAUGACGUAAUACCUACUGUUACUAUUAUUCUGGCAACACUUAUUUUCUCAAUUUGUUCUUUUUCAUGAAAAUCAAGUCAUAAUUGGGUUUGAUGAUAUCAAUUUAAUUUCAAUUUCACUAGUUUCAACUUGACAUGUCCAGUCUGGAUAUCAGCAGAGGUGGAAACUCAAGGUUCAGAAAGUAAAUGUCCUCCCUGGGAUUUUAUUCCAAUCGCCUGGAUUUGCUCAUUAGCACAAUUCUUCAGCCAGGAGGUAGAACUAAUCAGUUAAAUCAGAUGGCUGAGUUCAUGGGUGGAAGAAACACAUGGCAGGACUUUUACUUUCUGACCCCUGAAAUAUUCAGGAUCAUUGAUUAUCCUGUUUAUCUUAGGAAUUAAAACAUUGGCUAAAUAUUUUCUGUUAUUAAGGGAAAUUACACUCUUUUUCUUCAAUUCAAACUGCCAUUUAUGACAUAAAGGGUUUGUAAUUUAGUGUUCUGUUCAAUUACUGUAAGUAUUGCAAAAAAGAAAGGAAAAUCCAGGAUUUGGGAAGGACAAGCACUGAAGUUUAUUUGAAUUUCAAGAAGGCGAUUUCUUACAGAUUUUGUUUUUAUUAACCGUGUCUGCUAACAGCCUGGUUUUGGAGUGUAGUCUCUUGUAAGAUUUACUUUUCUUGUCUAGAAACUAGAAUUUGCAAUCUCUGAAGAUUAGGAUAGCAGAAUAUUUGAAGGCUUGGAUUUUCCAACGUAUUGCAGUUUUCUCCUCAUUUUGCCAAAGGGAAAUAUUUCUAGUAUUUCUAAUAUUUCUGAAAAUGCUCGUAAUACCCAAUCACAACAGUCGGUUUUUCUAUCUGAAACGUAAAUUUGUUAAUGGCGCCAAAAAUGGUUGAGCUUCUAUCUGUGGUACAAAAGUGUGUUUUACUUGUGUAGAAACUUUCGUAAGAGGAUUUGUAUGAAAUCUAGAAACUUCUGCAUUUGAAAUUUUGAAGAUUUAACAGCCGUCCUAAAGGAUUUUAAAGUUAAUGACGGGGUUUGGGGGUCCUCAUUAACUUGAUUAUGAAGUGUGUAAAAUGUCAAUGGGCUGUCUCGUGUCGUCGGCAAAAUGUUUGUUUCAUUUGUUUCUUCUCUCUCAAGGCAGGUCAGUGUCACUCUUGAUUUGGACACACCUUCCCUGGAGCUAUGUACAUUUGAGUCAAAUUUAAAAGAAAAAUGGUUGAUAUUAUUUUUGUCCCAAAAAUGAAGGAAACCAGGCGGCAUGCCCUUUUGAACUGCUUGAACAAGAAACAUGACUGGCGACGUCGACAUCGCCGAUCCAAUGAAGGACGUAAACGUGUUCCUGACCUUUUUCUGACUGUUAACGAAUUUUUCAUUGAUAGAAAGGACAAAAAAAAAAAAUAAAAAAAAAAAAAAUAAACAAGAACUGGACCUCUCUACCCUUCUACCCGGUUAUCUACCAGACAAAAAAAAAGAGAAGAAAAUCUAUGAAGUACAGCCAUAACAUUGUCCUGUCGCAGCGACGGUAUUUAACGGACUCGUUCUGCUCAGCCUCACGUUGCGUGACUGCGUUCCUGCACACUGUCGCUGCGGCAACCCCUUUCUACCCCCCCCCCCCCCCCCCCACCUCAUCCGCCAUAUCCAUAUUUGGGAAUGUUAAUGUGGUACUUGUUAACACUGUGCAUGGAUGAAACGUCUGUAAAUACUAAGUGGUAUCCCAUUCGUAAAUGUUGAGGGAGGUUUGAAUGCUGUAUAGAUUUUGGAUGUAGGUUUUUUGUUUCUUAUUUAAAUGAGGCUAUAUGUUCUUUGGUAACUUGGCACAUUUCGGUGAAAAGGCAGUAUUUGGCUUUUGUGUAUAGGAGGGUGGGACAUAAAGAAAUUCUGUAUUUAAGGGUGGGGUGGGGGGAGGGGCCUGCAUGGAUCUUUGUACAAACAGACAAUGCUUGCUUGAGGACUUGGUUGUAUUAUUUGACAGUUAUAGAGAACUAUGUACAUCAAAGGAUAUUUUGUCAUUUAAGAGUUCAUAUGUAUAUACUGUACAGUAUUGUCAAAGGCCAUACGCUUCAGCAUUGCAUAGAGAAUUCAACAUAUUUAUUAUUAUCAAACCCUUGGUAAACACAAGAUUGACAAAUAUUGCCUUUUUGGUGCAGCAGUUGCUUAAAGCUUGUUUAGUUCUGUUCCUUCGUGCUGAGCAGUGUACGUUUCUAAUAUUAACAUUUUUUAUUAUCUGAUUUCUUUUUUUCCAAUUGGGGGCCGGUGGUCUUUCAUAUAUAAAUGCAUCGCUUGGAGGCAUUAGGUAGAUUAAAGCUUAAUUACCUGUCCAUGCAGUGAUAGACAUCAAUAAUGUGUCCCUUGAUAUACAGUACUUGAGAUUCUGGCUGCAGGUAGUGAGAUUAUUACAUCUCAGGGGCAAAUGAAGAAAUCUGACAAGACUGUAAACAAUCGGCGGGUUUGUAAACAGAAUAAGAUGAGCAGGUGUACCGGGUCUCCACAGUUGUGACGCUAUAACACUACCUGCUCUAGAGGUGACAGCUGACACACCAAGCCCUGCUGUCGCUCUGCUUAUGAACAGAGCGACUGCUCUUCUGCCUCUGUUCUCCAGUAGCGGAAAUCUCUCUGUUUGAAUGCUUGAAACUUUAUCAGGGACCUGUCAUACACAGUUUGUCGGUUGAUAUCAGCAUUACACUCCACUGCUCACAUGGACGUUAUUCGAGGUUAAGGUAUGUCUUAAUUUACAGGGUUUCACUGGGGAUGUGCUUUAGUUUUUUUUGUUUGUUUGUUUUUCAAUAGUUGAAGAUACUGUAAUAAGUUUUCUUGAUUUUUUUUUUUUGUUAUUGAUGUUUUGUUUAUUUGUUUUUUGUUUAGUUUUUCUCUUUGCACACAAAAAUAGGAAGGAAGUACACUAACUGUGAUUGCUAUACAUGGUACACUUCUUGACACAAAAAAUAAAGUUUGGGAUAUCCUGUUUGAAA